UGGAACAGAAACAAUUGUUAAAUACUGAGAACGCUGUACUUUGCACUUCUCACUUAGCUCUAAACUUUUCUGGGCAGUUAGGCGUCCUUUGACCUCCUCUCUUGUGAAUUGCAGAAAUCAGACCAGACUACUUGGCAAAAUGACCUCUUGUGUUGCUGAAGAACCUGUUAAAAAGAUUGCUAUCUUUGGAGGGACUCACGGAAAUGAACUGACAGGAGUGUUUCUAGUCACUCACUGGCUAAAGAAUGGCACUGAAAUUCAGAGAAAAGGGCUGGAAGUGAAACCAUUCAUUACCAACCCAAGAGCAGUGGAGAAGUGUGCCAGAUACAUUGACUGUGACCUGAAUCGUGUUUUUAACCUUGAAAACCUUAGCAAAGAGCUGUCUGAGGACUUACCUUAUGAAGUGAGAAGGGCUCAAGAAAUAAAUCACUUAUUUGGUCCAAAAAAUAGUGACAAUUCCUACGAUGUUGUUUUUGACCUUCACAACACUACUUCGAACAUGGGUUGCACUCUUAUUCUCGAAGAUUCCAGGAAUGACUUUUUAAUACAGAUGUUUCAUUAUAUUAAGACCUCCUUGGCUCCAUUACCCUGCUAUGUUUAUCUUAUCGAGCAUCCUUCCCUCAAAUAUUCCACUACCCGUUCCAUUGCCAAGUAUCCUGUUGGUAUAGAAGUAGGUCCUCAGCCUCAGGGUGUUCUGAGAGCUGAUAUUUUGGACCAAAUGAGAAGAAUGAUUAAACAUGCUCUUGAUUUUAUACAUCAUUUCAAUGAAGGAAAAGAAUUUCCUCCCUGUGCUAUUGAAGUCUAUAAAAUAAUGGAGAAAGUUGAUUAUCCAAGGAAUGAGAGUGGAGAAGUGGCUGCUGUUAUCCAUCCUAAUCUUCAGGAUCAAGACUGGAAGCCAUUACACCCUGGAGAUCCUGUCUUUGUGUCUCUUGAUGGAAAGAUUAUUACCCUGGGUGGAGACUGUACCGUGUACCCGGUGUUUGUGAAUGAAGCUGCAUAUUAUGAAAAAAAAGAAGCCUUCGCAAAGACAACGAAACUGACACUCAACGCAAAAAGUAUCCACUCCACUUUGCACUAAAAAUCACCGCAAGCUCACAGUUCUAGGGAGUCUUGUGGACCAUGUGAGCCCUGCAAGAGCAGGGCUGUGCCUUAUGCUAGUUUUUUGCCUCAGCACUUCGCCCCAUGCCUCAAGCAGCAAGCAUCAAGGCCAGUUUCUGAAAGGAAAGAAUAAAUUAAUGAAUGUCUUUCAGAUAUAUUUUGAAUACGCUAUGUAUAGCUCAUUCAGACAAGUGUGUUUCUGGUUUCUGUGUUAACAUUACAUUACGUUCUGGUAGCUUAACAUAGUUAAUGACUUUCACAUUCAAAACAUAACAUUGAAAUCGAUGCUACAUGCAACUUAGCAUGUAUCGAGACAGUGAGACAAACUGAAUAUGUGUUUUCAAGUAAUGCAUAAGUGCUACUAAAAACUAAUAGUACAAACUUGGUAUUUUUUAAGUUUUGACAUCUGAAUUAAUGACAGUAUAUUAAAUUUCCACUCUGUAAACUCUAGCCAUGACUGAUAAGUAGCAUGAAAAAAUAAAAGACCCAGAGACAGGUAUUAGGGUUCAACCUGAAGAUCAGAGAAGCAAAGUAGCGAAGCUACCAGAGAGCUCUUACCUCUAAAAGGUCUGGGGUGUUCCUAUGCUCAGUGUGGCUGGAGAAUGAGUGCCUGAUGCUGAGACCUUGCUCCUGUCUUAUAUCCCUCCCUAAUGCUGGGAUUAAAGGUGUGUGGUCCUAGGUGCUGAGAUCA